GUAGGAAGAUGUUCGAAGGAAGACGUCGUUCUUCGUAUUCUUUUCUUUUUUUUAUUUCAUUUAUUUCCUUUCUCUCUCUCUCUCUCUCUCUCCCUCUCUUUCUUUCUCUUUAUUUUCGUUCUAAAUCUCUACGCGAUCUUGCUUUAGAUACUUUUGCGAGAAUGUGACUAAAUAUCGAUACUAGAUAUUGUUACGUUCAUGAGCUGUCAAAUAUUUUCAGAUACGGCUCAGGUUAGGCGAUAAUCCCAAGUCAAAAUUAAAAAAAAAAUUUAUUUCGGAAAAGGAGUAAGUUCUUGACGCUUACUCUUAAAAUGUGUCAAUUUAAAAUGCGAAAGUAUCCAAAAGGAAAUUAAAACAAUAACAUGAACAUACAUUCCGUCUGAUAUUAAUUUGAUUAAAUUUUUAAAAAAGAAAAAUGUUGAAAAUCUUAAAAAUUAUGCAAUAUGCAACAAAUAAUGUAUAUCCAAUAUUAUUUAGAUUGUCAAGAUACAUACAAUAUUUUUUUUGCGGAAGUAAAAAAUGUCAAAAAAAUGUUCUGAUCCGAGGUGUCCUUUAAAUAUAUAUUUGAAUGCCAAAGAAUUACAGAAACUUCAGGUAAAGCCAUGCGUAACAUUUUCUCCUGAUAGUGAACGAAAAAGUCGCAGCGAAACUAAACGAUCAAAAUGUGCGAAACUAAAACCUAAAAAGUCACAAGAAAAAGAUGGUCGCUGCGGGAUAUGUUGCAAAAACAAAAGAUGUAGCAGACCUUUGGAAUCUACCACAGAACCUUCCACAUCUACAGAUUCACUGAAAAAAGCACGACCGAAAAAAUCCGGAAUGAAAAAGAAAGCUCAUCGAUACGAAGAGGAAGAAAGAUGUUGCAAAUGCAGAAUGAAAAAAUGUAUCGAACCUAAGCAGAAGAAAAAAAAGCAAAAACGAUCUCGUUGUAAGAAAAAGGGAAAAUGUAGGUGGUUAAAAAACUGUCUCGGAACUAUUUUCUUUUGUUUUAAGCGUUCUAAGAAAUCUCGCUCUUCACAUGUACUAUGUAAUUCAUCUCCACAGUACGAAUAUUGUUGCGCGCACAGAGAUGUACGUUAACUAAUUGUCAUACUUCAUAAAUCUAAGAUAUCUCCAAAUAAAUACAUAUAAAUUCACAACAA